AGCUUAACUCGAAAACAACUAAGGAAUGUUAGAAUCCAAAAAUGUCCUCUAAGAAAAGAAAUACCUACUACGAAGGUAGACUAAGAAUCUGGGUUUUGGUUGUCUUGCCUUGAACAUGAAGCUUGAUGCCCUUUACAGCCCCACAUAGAUAGUGAUAGAAGCAUUUGGAACCAGCAGCCUUAGCAAGAAAAGAACCAAAACCCUCCAUGCAGUCGCAUUUAUAAACCUCCCUCUCCUUCAAGAAACACAUGUAGACCUCUCUAAUAAUUCCUGAACGUCCCUGAUUCUUUCUUAUUUCAAUCAGCUUUUCAGAAAUGGCCAACGCCCAGUUUAAACCAGUUGCAUCAUUGCUUCUGGCUCUUAACUUCUGCAUGUAUGUCAUCGUUCUAGGCAUCGGUGGUUGGGCUAUGAAUCGAGCCAUCGAACAUGGCUUUAUCAUCGGCGCGGGACUUGAUCUUCCUGCACAUUUCUCGCCUAUAUACUUCCCAAUGGGCAACGCUGCCACUGGGUUUUUUGUAAUGUUUGCUUUGAUAGCUGGAGUUGUUGGUGCUGCAUCAGCAAUUGCUGGUAUAAACCAUAUUCGUAAUUGGAAUGCCGACAGCUUGCCGUCUGCACUUAUAGCUGCUGCCAUUGCUUGGUCUCUUACACUACUUGCCAUGGGCUUUGCCUGCAAAGAGAUUGAACUCCACAUCAGAAAUGCCCGUUUGAGAACUAUGGAGGCAUUUUUGAUCAUCCUCUCGGCUACACAGCUGUUGUACCUAGCAGCCAUUCAUAGUGCUGCAACAAAUAGGAGAUCAUAUUAAAUUCAAGUUGUUUAAUGCAAAAUUCAAGUGUCUUCUAUCUUUAUUUUGUUAAAAUUUGGUUUUCCCUGUAUACUUCCAAAAUAUUGGCUGACUGUGGCUGUGAUUUGUAUAUAAUAUGAUUGAAUUUGUAUUAAUUAAUAAAAGAAAAUGAUCUCGUUUAGGUUUU